AAUAUGCCUCAGAAAUUGAGUCAAACCAGCCCUGCAAGGUGGGACCAGGCAGGUAAUAUUGGAGAAGUGUGUAGGUACUCAGGCAGGUAGUUAAGCAGCAGGUAGCUAUGUGGGCAUGAGUAAGUGAGCCAAGGAUUGUUUCAAGUCAAAGCUAGAAACACAAACCGCCCUUGUGAGGUGGGCACAGACAAGGAGAGGCAGAAGGUGGCUAUGCUCAUGAAGCACUGGGAGCAAGUAUGCCAUAGGUUUGUGGGGUUGACCCACCCAGCCCAUCUACAUCUCCCAGACACCAGGAGGGCAGAGAGGCAGGCUGGCCCAGAGAGGCUGGCAGAAAGCAAACAAACCGGCCCUGCAAGGCAAGCACAGUGGUUGGAAACAUAGUCAGUGAGAGAUGCUUUGGCAUCCCCUUAAUAGGAGGCUAGGAGGAAGAUAGUUUCAGGGUCCGUCAGAGUUAACUUACUCAAUGAACGACUUGUUGCCAAUUUCUGUACUGUUGUGCCAGCAGUACUAGGAAUGGAGCUAUCAGACAAAUACCUGUUUGAACACAAAGGAUUCUCUUUUGUAAGAGAUCUGGUUACAGCAGAAUACAUAGAAGCACUGGAAGAUUUUGAAAUCAGAGACAGUGAUGUAUUUCUUGUGACUUAUCCAAAAUCCGGCACUAUUUGGACUCAGCAGAUUCUGAGCUUGAUUUAUCAUGAAGGUCAUCGAGAUGGAACUGAAAACAUAGACUUAAUAGACAGAGUUCCGUGGCUGGAGUACAAUAUAAACCACAUGGAUUACGUCAACCGUGCAUCGCCUCGUCUGUUCGCCACACACCUGCCCUACUAUUUAGUGCCAAAGGGGUUACGAAGUGGAAGAACCAAGGUUAUUUAUGUGGCCAGAAACCCAAAGGAUGUUUGUGUUUCCUUAUAUUAUUUUUCCAAAUUUUCUGUCAAAUUGGAAGAAAUUGAAGACUUCAACUCCUUCAUGGAAAGGUUUUUGGCUGGCAAAUUGGUAGCUAGUUCAUGGCUGGACCACAUAGAAGGCUGGUCUGCUCACAGGGAUGACUUCAAUAUUUUGUUCCUUACCUAUGAAGAAAUGAAGAAGGAUCUCAAAAGCGCCAUCUUAAAAAUAUGCAACUUCCUAGGAAAGAGGCUGACUGACAAAGUGGUUGAUGCUAUUGUGGAUAAGGCUUCAAUGGCUAAUAUGAGAGUGGAUCGGAGAACAAAUUAUAAGCAAAUGUCUCCAGAAUUACUAGAUUUCAGUAAAGGAAGCUUUCUUCGCAAAGGUAUUAUUGGAGACUGGAAAAACCUGAUGACUGUCGCACAGAGUGAAAGAUUUGACUGCGUGUUUAAGGAAAGGAUGGAAAAGCUGCCCUUCAAGUUCUGCUGGGACAACAAGGAUGACUUAUAAGUCCAUAGCCAGCUUGAAAGAAGAAAAUAAUUUACAAUUGUUUGAAAUGUAAGAUAAGACACCUAGUUCUGUUGGGACAUCAGUGACAAAUUAUGAAUCCACUUCCAUCUUAAAUGAAGAAAAUAGUAGUGCACAAAUUUCAUCCAGACCUGUUUGUAACAGAGAUGACAAAACACCUACUUAGAGCAAUCUUUGUACAACACUUCAGCCUAAUUCUGAAAUACGCAGAACAUGUUUAUUCACUAGCUUGGUAUCCUCCCCUUUCUCCAAGGACAUCUGAGCAGCAUUCUCCUCACAGCAAUAGCAACUUUCCACCUGGAGCAAGCUGAAACUUUGGAGGGGGGAUUAUGAUUGGAAACAUAGAUCAAGGGAAAUGUUUUGGGUUUUUUUAAAAUCCUUUCCAUGUGGGCCGCAGUCCCAUUCUAGAUUGAGGGCUUCCACAGCUAUUAUUUUAAAUACACACAUAAACAUGAAAAUAUAUUUAAUGUAACAUGUAAUUUGGCUUUAAGAGGACAAGCUAGUUAAAAUAUUCUUGAAGCUUAUGUAUAUUCUGAACUGUUGAUAAUCAACUGUAUGGUACCUGGAUUUUAGAUGGUAGAAAACAGGCUACUUCAUCAUUCAAGCACAAAGGCAGAUGAUCUCACUUAGAUUGUGAUUCUUGAGAAUGGGUAUAUCACAAGAAGUCUAUGCUUUCACUUGUGAAAUGUUGAAAAAUGACACUAAAAUUAAUAAAAUUGCCUCUACUUUGUAGAUGGGGCUUGGAAGCAGAGACAAAUGCUCUUGGGAGUUUGUGGCUCAGAUAAACUCUGAACCAGAGAGUGCACAUUUUACACACAUUCACAUUUUCAGCUCAUAUUUAUCUUUAUCAUACUUCAUAAUAGUGCAAUUACAGGGAGACGGUCCAUGUCGAAAUUCUUGUAUCAUAAGGUGUGAAAGCUUUGAGUGCUUAGACAUCUUACAAAAAAUUGUCCAAAACUGUCAUAGCCUUGUGAGCAAAUGCUGGGGCAUUUAGGGGAUUGCAGCCAC